AUGGCAAUUAUUUUAUCAAUAACAGAAUACUUAAAUGUUCUUUUCAGUAUCACUACUAUCACUAAUUAUAAUUUUGGAAUAUUUAAAAUUAUAGCUUUACUUUUAGUUGUCAACUUAUUUAAAUAAUUAAAAAAUAGAAUAGUUUUUGUAAAAUUUUUGAUAAUUUUACAUUUCCAAAUAUACAAAAAUUAGUAUGAAUUAUAAUCCUAAUGUAAAUAAACCAGUAUAGAACUAUUAGCUAAAUAAAAUAAAGUAGCUUUUUUGAUUACGAAAUUCGGAGAUGAUUCUUGCAGUAAGAAUCAUUAAUAUUAAGUCGGAACAAAUUAUUUCAUUAUACACGGUAAAUUUCUAUUAUCUUAAAGUGUACAAAGUAAAAUUGAAGAGCGUCAAGUAAUGCAAAAUCAUUUUUCAAACAGUAUUACAUUUUUAUAUUGCUUCCCUAAUUCCUUUAAGUAUUCAAGAUUAUCAUGGAUAGAAUGUGAAUGUUCCUUUUAAACUGAUUAAUCAUAUAGAUUUAAAGAGAAUUCUCGCUUGUUCAUCCUUUAAAAGAACUAUAUUUAGAUGGCAGAAUCUUAUCUAGACUCUUACAAUAGUUUAACUGAACUAAGGUUAUUAAUAUAUUCUAGAACUUUAUGAUAUAAAGGUCUAGAUGAUUCUAAAUAACUAAUUCCAAAUUAUUAGUAAAAAUAAAUUCUCUUGGAUUUAUUAAAUCUUUCAAAAUUACAAAUUGAUUACCUUUAACCAUAAGACAUGA